UUUUCUGCAGAAAUAUAAAUUUUAGUUUUACUAAAUAGAAACAUUUAACAAUAAUCAUGUGCUGGUUCUCAAUGGCGAAGUAUCUUCUUUUUGCUUUCAAUUUUGUGUUGUGGCUCGGUGGUGCUGCUGUACUCGGAGUUGGAAUAUGGCUCGUAGAAAGCGGCAAUGAACACGUUGAAGUGGUUGGGAUAACGAUAUAUGAAAGCGGAGCGUAUGUUUUAAUAGCAGCUGGCUCUGCCGCAUUUCUUCUGGGCUUUCUUGGUUGCUGUGGAGCAUCGAAAGAAAAUACGUGUCUGCUGGGAUUGUAUUUUGGUUGUGUGCUAGUCCUGGUCAUUUUACAAGUUGCUGUUGGAAUCUGGGCUUUGGCUAAUUUUAACGACAUCGACGACGCGGUUGCCACAAGCUUGGAUGCGUUUGAUCUGUCAAAACAAAGUAAUGCAGACGCUUACAGAGAUAUAGAGCAGGCGUUUCAAUGCUGCGGCAAGACUAACAACACCUGCCAAGACUGGAAAGGCGAAAUAUCACCUUAUAAUCCGUACGGCUGUGAAUGUGAUCCAUCUGCUUAUACCGAUGCCACAAUAUGUAAGGCUUACCCGACCGAAUGUACUCCAACUGAAAAUAAAACGUACGACUUUAUAUUUACCAAGAGUUGUCAGAAGGCAAUCACAGACUUUGUGAUUGAUAACAUGGAAAUCAUCGCUGGAAUUGGGCUCGCCAUUGGGCUAAUCGAGAUUCUGGGACUCAUAUUUUCAUGCUGUAUGUGCCAAGCUAUCAAGAAAAACCAAGGAUAUGCAUAAACAUGUUAUUCAUUGGACCGAUAAGAUUUAAUUUUAGCUAUUAGUUAUUGAUCACAUAAUUUUAAUCGAACCGUACUUAUCGUUUAAGCUUGUAAAGCCAGAUGAACGCAAAUAAAAUUUUGACUUGACAAAAUAACUCUUAUCCUUUUUAAGUUUUCUCAUUAUACUUAAAAAUAAUUCAGAAUACAAUGAAUUACACGUUUUUAUCGAAAACAGAUUUUUAAAAAUAAUUAACUGAAAAUAUAUAUUCAAAAUUACAUCAAUUUCAAAUUAAAAUUCAGUACAAUAUCCAUAUCUUUUAGCAGUGUUUACAUACCAAGUAUGACGAGUCUAAUCUUGUUAUUUGAAUAAUAUUUGGUACAUAUUUCGAGUAAAGUUCUAUUUGUAACUCGUUUCGAAUAAACCUAGUCUCUAGAAUUAGCUGAUUGCAGUUCAGUAAACGUCCCAUUUUGACAAUAGUUUCGUCAUGUAUUUGUAUCUAUUGGGUACCAUACAUACUUGGAGUGAAAGUUCAUUUGUAAUUUGCAAUUCAGUAAAUGUCCCAUCUUGACAACAGUUUUGAUAUAUCGAUGUUCAAUGGAUAAAAUGUUUUACAAGGUUGACGAUUCUGAUGUGUAUUAUUAUCUGUUUAUGCUAAUUUCAACUGAAAACUCGUUUAAUUUCUCGUGCUUCGUUAGUGGUUAAUUUUUAUCAAAUAAUUGCUUAUAUAUGUUUAAUAAAAA